AUGGUUUUUAACAUACGGUUACCCUUGGCUAGAGCGGUCAUUGAUCAGUUUCUCGGGUUGAAGCCACAUCCCUCCCUUUGCCAAGCAACAUAUAUUUGGAUUGAUGGAACAGGUGAAACAAUGCGUUCAAAAACACGGACGAUGGCGCAUAUACCUAAAAAGAUUUCAGAAUUUCCAAUGUGGAAUUUUGAUGGCUCAUCAACGGGUCAAGCUCGAUCGGGUCAAGAUUCAGAUACAUAUCUCAAGCCGGUAGCUUCUUAUCCAGAUCCAUUUCUUGGAGGCCAUAACAAACUAGUCUUAUGUGAAACAUUUGAUAGUACCAUGAAACCUACUGCAACUAAUCAUCGUAAUCAGUGCAAUAAAAUAAUGGAAAAUUGCAAGGAUGAAAAAAUUUGGUUUGGAAUGGAACAAGAAUAUCUACUCUUAGACAGAGAUGGAUAUCCACUUGGUUGGCCUAAGAACGGAUAUCCUGAACCUCAGGGUAGAUAUUAUUGUGGUGUUGGAGCUGAUAAAAUAUUUGGCCGAGAACUCGUAGAAGCUCAUUAUCGAGCUUGUUUAUACAGUGGAUUACAAAUUUUCGGUAUUAAUGCAGAGGUGACACCUGGACAGUGGGAAUUCCAACUUGGUACAUGUGAGGGAAUUUCAAUGGGUGAUCAACUUUGGAUGGCUCGAUAUUUACUUUAUCGUAUUACUGAAAUAUAUGGUGUUCUGGUUACAUUUGAUCCGAAACCAGCUGUAACAAGUGGAGAUUGGAAUGGUGCUGGUUGUCACUGUAAUUUCUCUACUGAAAAAAUGCGUGCGGAAGGUGGAAUGAAAUAUAUUGAAGCUGCUAUUAAAAAACUUGAAAAAAAGCACAAAGAACAUAUAGCAGUCUAUGACCCACACGGUGGUAGAGAUAACAUGCGUCGUUUAACAGGUAGACAUGAGACUUCUAGCAUUGACAAAUUUUCUUGGGGUAUUGCUAACCGCAGUACCUCAGUCCGAAUUCCGAGAGCUGUAGCUAACGACAAUAAGGGUUUCUUGGAAGAUCGCCGUCCAUCAUCAAAUUGUGAUCCAUACUCAGUUACUGGAAUUAUGACUAAAACUAUACUACUGGAUUAA